GAUCUACAGUGAAAAGGAGCGAAUACGGAGACGGGCAGUUCUUAAUAUGUAUAGAAGACUGAGGUUUUUCGUUGAAGCUUCCCAUGUGACAAUAGAAUAUUUCCUCUCGACUCUUUAGACCUUCCUAAUCCUGUACACUACCUCUCCUAUUACCGGAAGUGUUAGAUAUUUCCUUCGAGAUACCCAUUUGUAUAAUUCCCAUCGUUGAACUUCCUCGCCGCAUAGUUACCUUUAGAGAUCGACCAUACCUUUGUACCAGUAUCAGAAUAGAGAAGCAAGACGUUGACACAAUGGCUUACGCUUCGAAAUAUAAGUCCAAGCCCAUUACGGACAUCUUCACCGCCGACACAGAUAUCGACAGGCGGCAAUGUACCCGAACGGUUCCCAUGAAAGUCCUCCUACUCGGAUGCGGACGAACGGGAACAACCUCCAUGAGAGCAGCAAUGAAACAACUCGGCUACGUCGACACCUACCACAUGAUGAGCUGCUCCAUCGAGAACCCGCCCGACGCGCUCCUCUGGAUGGACGCUCUACGCGCCAAAUACGACGGCAUCGGCACGCCCUUCACGCGCAAAGACUGGGACAAGCUCCUCGGCAACGCCCAAGCAGUAUGCGACUGGCCCGCCUGCGCCUUCGCAAAAGAGCUCAUCGAAGCGUACCCGGAGGCCAAAGUCGUGCUCACGGGGCGCGACGUGGACUCCUGGCACGCGUCCACCAUGCGCACGGUGUACUGGCGCGCCACGGACCCGGAGCUGCGGCUGCUCUCAAGGUGCAGUUGGGCCGCGGGCAUGUAUUACCCCAUGUUGAAGAAGUUCUUCGACACCUUCUUCGAGGGCGAUUUUCCGGGGCGCGGGAAGGAGGUGUUCACGCGGCAUUAUGAGGAGGUGAAGAAGAUGGUGCCCGAGGGGAAGUUGUUGGAGUUUAGGGUGCAGGAUGGGUGGGAGCCGCUUUGUAGGUUCCUGGGCGAGCCGGUGCCGACGGAGGUGGGGUUCCCGAAUGUUAAUGAUAAUAAGGACUUUGUGACGAGGUCGAGGCGCAGGAAUAGGAUGCAGAUGAUGAAUGUGGCGGCGAGGGGCGUGGAGGUUGUGGUGUUGCUGGGGGUGGUGCUGUAUUUGAUUUUUUGUGUGCAGUGGCGGUUGUUUUAGUGGGUGUUGAGGGGGAUUGACGCUUUUUUGGGAAGGGGUUGGGAUGGCGUUGGGGGAUUUGGGGGUUCUGUUUGGAUUCGAAUACAUAUUUAGCUCUGGUGGUUUUGUCAUUGAGGUAUUGAUUUGCUUAUAGCAUGGGUGUAUGAUGGGGUUUCAAGCAAAAAUGGAAGCCCGUGAGAUGAGAUGAGAUUAGGUAUAUACCGAAAUCAAAGGAUGCUCUCUUCUUACCUUGUGUUAACGAUGUCUACAAGUGAAUUAUUGAAUCGCUG